AAGGGGGAAUAAUCAAAUAGACUAAUAAAGACAGAAUUUUGCACCUCUCUUUCUUGUCAAAGUUAUACAAGUUUCUUCCUCAAAAGUUAGAUCAUUUUUUCCAUUUUUGCUAAAUUCUCAUUCAGGUGAACUACCCCUUAUAUGCUAUUGAAAAUUCAUCAACCUCAAGAUCAUUGGUUUAACAGAAUCAACAACACAACUAACCUGAAAAAACAAAAUGAUGACAAAUUUUGGCAACACAAGGUCAUCUAGGAGAAGAUCAAAAUCAAGAAUCAAUCCUGAAUCUCCCUCUGAUUAUGCAGCAACUCCUCAGCAUCCAUCAUCCGAUUCGUCGCCUCAUUAUAUGAAGGCAACAAGCUGUUCUGAAGGGAAAAGAAGUCAUUUCCAGUCAAGUCCUCAUAGUUCUGAAUCUAGUUUUGAUAGUAGUGAUCAAAGUUGGAGUACUUUAUCUAGGACCUCUAGUUUUAAAAGCGUGAAGGUUAACUCAAAUUGCCAACAAGUAAUAGUUAAGCCAACUUGUUGUUCCACUUUGAAAGACUCAAAGUUCCCUCAACAUGUGGAACUUCAUCCUGGAAAAAGUGAAUCAGACAGGAUUUCGAAAGUGAGAGUUUGUUCAUACCAUCAUUGUUCACUCAAUAGACGUGAUAAUAUUAAUCCAUCGCGUCAAGUAAAGUGCGUAUAUAGAAGGAGAAGACCGGUAAAAUCAGCGAAGAACAUUAGACUAGAAAGUGAGUCGAGCAACCUUGACUAUGAGGGUAUUGAGUAUGCUGAUAUCGUUGAGAUUGUGUUUGGUGAAACUUCAUUUCCGGAGAGAAGUUACCGCGAGACAAUGGACUUAAUGAGGAAAUAUUCGACACAAGAUCAGGAUGCGCUGGUUACUAUGGAAAGAGAAUGGGACGAAUCCGCUUCUGUUAGUGAUGAUGUAGAAUCAAAUGAUCAGAGUGUAACAACAUCAGCAUUUUACGAAGAAGAGGAUAGAGAUGCUACGCUUCUGAUAAAGCCGGUAGACACUGACACCACAGUCGAGGAGGAUGACAAUAUCUGUGAAGAAGAAGAACCGUCUAAGAAUGAACCAUUUGCCAUAAAGAAAAGUUCAGAAUCAGAAGAUCUUGUCGAACCAUUUGCUAGAAUGGAACUCGAAGAGAGUUUGCAAGAGAAGGAUGGCAAAGCUAAUCCAACCGAAGAUGUUGAUCACAAUACCUCGUCCAAGGAGUUGCACGUAGCUCAGUUGCCGAAAGAGAAUCAUAGGAGCAUGUGGAGCCUGAUUCAUAGACACAUGAUUCCGGAUGAAUCUACAGAAUUGGAUAGCGAAGUUAGCCGUGGAGCUGAUGAAGAAAAUGACAAGGAUGAGGGCAACAAAACUUGUCCAGCAGAAAGUUCUGAUUCAUUUUCUAGUUUUUCCGAAAGUGACUUGAUGACUACAAAUCAAGACGCAGAUAACCACGAGACUGAAGCGCGUAAACUUUUAGCCAUUAAGCUAGUACGAGAAGCAAUCGAGAGAGUUCUUCUUCAAGAAGUUCAAGAUCAGUCAUCAGAUAAUCAAUCAUCAGUAACAAGUGAAGUUUGUACCGAUGAAGACUUCAAGGAGUCGGACACCAAGAAUGAGGAACACGAUAAGGCAUCCAAGUCAGAUGAGAGAAAUAUUACCGGAGAAAACACUGGCAGCCCUGAGAAACAGAAAAAGGGACAUGUAACCAGCGAAGCUGAGAAGAAAGCGCCAAAGAACUGGAGCAAUCUUAAAAGAUGGAUUCUUCUCCAACGAUUCAUCAAGGAAUUAGAGAAGUUGAGAAAAUUCAACCCAAGGAAGCCACGGUUUCUGCAGCCGGAGCCUGAUCCUGAAGCAGAAAAGGUUAAUCUGAAACAUCAGAUAGAGGAUGAAAGGAAAAGUGCAGAAGAAUGGAUGCUUGAUUUUGCACUACAGAAGGUGAUAAGUAAGCUUGCUCCGACUCAGAAAAAAAAAGUGGGACUGCUUGUAUCAGCUUUUGAAUCGGUAGUUCCUCCCCGCGGCAGCAAUAUCCAAGUUACUUCUCCUAAACUGAAAACUAGAAAUGAAGACAAGUUGCAGAUGGCAUAUAGCGUUCGUUCAAAGUAUUCCACGCACUUAGACAAAAGGAACAGUGUACUUUACCAGAAGUUGGAUGAAGUAACAAGCACUUCGAGUGAUAAGGCAUCGGUUGAAGGAAAAGCUAAGCAAGAACUUAAGGAAAAUGGACAUACAAAGUUAGAACCCAAAGCUCAGAUUGAUGAAAAAGAGGCCUGUGGUGAUUCAAAUGAUUCUCAAAAAGGAACAUCUUUUGCUACCUCAAACGCGGGCAAUGACAGUGACGAAACACAAGAAAAUGACAUGAUUGUACAUUCAGAAGACAACGAUGGAACAUACAGAAAACAAGCGAACAAACAGAAGCACGUCAGCAUGUGGCAGAUGAUAUCACAGCACAUACUUUCAGAUGUUGUAUCAAAAGUAGGGAACGAACUACUUGACGGAAUAGAUGAUGAGGUAAACGACAUCAAAACACCAGCUGAGGCGUAUACGGACAACUUACUUCAGGAUUUCUCUGAAGAAAAAGAUAAUAUAAGCCACUAUCGGAGAAGUUUCAGCAGAAAUGAUGCUGUCAAUCUCAUAAGAGAAGCAGUUAACCAGAUCCUAACAACACCAAUUCAAGAUGAUUCAUCCGAUACACUGUGUGUCACUAGUGAACUAAGUUGAUGCUGUGCAGCACAUGAUCACUAAGUUAACUCCUGCUAAGAGAACAAGAGUGGCUCGUGGCAGCUUUCGAAGCAGUUGUUCCACUCCCAGAAGUAUGAACUCAAUUGGAGUUGGAGUAAACUUAGUCAAGCAAAUCCUUUGAGAUCCUUUUUACGCGAAUUAUGAAGGUAGCAAAUUAACUACUUACCCUUCCUUCCUAGGCUAUCGAAUUAACUGAUCAUGAGAUUUUGAUCAUGAUGUAUGAUCCAAAAUCUACUACCAAGUGAAUUAUAUAUAUACAUCUCCCUUAACUAAUGAAGAUGUAUAUACUACUAAGUGAAUUAUGUACUUACAAAAAUAAUAAAGAUUGCCAGUCUUCACUGAUAUCCAUAUUGUUCUUUCUGCCAGAGAGAGUAUUAUGUGUCAUUGCAACAACUUAUUCUAUGUUUAAACAAAUGCACUUCUCUCACAUCAUUUUUGAACAAUGACUUAUUCAUUUUUAUUAGUUUGAUGAGAUGGACCUGACAUUGCCGAGCCUUGUAGCGUGGGCUUCUGACCUAAGUAGGGGCAUCAAAGUGGGGAAUGUAGGGUUGUUCUUGAUGGCUGGACUCGGUGAGCUAAUCUCUGGCCUGCCCUUAUCCAAGCAUAGAGUUGGGUCACAUGAUCCAAAUGAAAGUAUGGGCUGCUUGGCUCUUAGAGUGGGGUGGACUGCGUGAGGCUGUUUU